AUGAGUUUCUUUAGGUCCAAACAGAUGAAAUAUUAUAGUUUAGUCAUCCCAAGAGAGAGUGCUUGGGUAGUUAUGGAUCAAUUGGGAAGACUGGGAUAGUUACAUAUUAUAGAUUAUGAUCCUUUAUUGCCAAUGAUGAAUAGACCAUUUGCCAAUUAUGUAAAAAGAUGUGACGAAUCGUUAUUUAAAUUGAAUGGACUUGAUGCAAUCCUUAAGCAAUUCAAAAAAAAACUUAUAUAUUGUGAAGAUACGCAAAAGUUGCUUGAUCACUUCAGAGACAUAUAGAAUUCACGGUAAAAACCUGGACAUACUUAUUUUGAUGAAUUAGAAUAGGAAAUAGAUAAGAAGAAAAGCAAUAUUCAAGAAAUAGUAGAUUCAAUUACAGAAUAAAAAUUAGUAUUAGAAAAAGCAAAAGAGAUCUUGGGAAAAUAAAUGUUUUCGUAAUCAACUCCUCAUAAUCUGAGUGAUUAUCAACAAUUAAAAUUUGGACAAUUAAUCGGAGUUAUUGAUAAAGAGGAUGAAACCAGAUUCAAAAGAAUAAUGUUUAGAAUCACAAAAGGUAAUGCAUGGGUUAAUAUUGUGGAUCUUUUGCCUGAAAAAUAGCACCAUUAAAUAAAAACAUCAAUAGAUCUGAAUAGAGCAUAAUAACCAAGAUGCUUGUAUGUUGUUGUUUAUCCUGGAAUGAAUGAUUAAAGUACUUUGAAAUAGAAAUUGCUCAAAGUUUGCGAUUCAUUUUCUAAAAACAGAAUAGAAUAUCCAAAUUCUUAAGAAUCUAUGGACAACAAAUUGAGAGAAUUAUCAAUACAGAUAAGCGAGGCAUAAAGUUUAAUUCAAAUGACCAAAAAAUAAUUAGAUGUUACUUUAGAUGAGUUGGUUAAGGAGUAGAAUGGAUGCAAUUGCUCUUACUUUGAAUAGUUAAGAUUAUAUGUUUUAAAAGAGAAAUAUCUCUAUGUUAAUUUAAAUUACUUAAUGAUGUAAGGUUCAAUUUUUACUGGAUAUUUCUGGUUACCUGAAGGACUUGAAGUUUAAGUUGAAGAUAAAUUAAGAAAUGCUAUGUAGAACAGUAUCGACAGAUUUCCAACUGGAUAAAUUCAAGAGUUGAAACCCAAACCAGGAGAUCUGGCUCCUACUUAUUUUAAUCUGAAUGAAGUUACAAUGCCUUUUUAAGAAAUUGUAAAUACCUAUGGAGUACCAAGAUAUCAAGAAGUAAAUCCUGGUUUAUUCACAGUGAUUACAUUCCCAUUUCUAUUUGGUGUGAUGUUUGCAGAUAUAGCUCAUGGUUUCUUAUUGCUAUUGUGUGGAUUGUAUGUGAUAGUCUGGAAAAAUCAAUUAAAGAAAGAGGCAGAUUCAAUGUUUAAUGCAAUGAUCCCAUUUAGAUAUCUGUUAGCUCUAAUGGGAUUGUUUGCAUUCUAUAAUGGAUUAAUUUACAAUGAUUAUCUCUCAAUAUCUCUUGAUCUUUUUGGCAGUUGUUAUUAUCCUAAACAUGAAGAAUGGGAAAGGGAAUAGAAUUGUGUGUAUCCGUUUGGUAUUGAUCCUGUUUGGUUGGCAUCAGGAUCAAGUCUAAAUUUCAUGAAUUCCUACAAGAUGAAAUUGGCUGUAAUUUUAGGAGUAAUACACAUGUUAUUUGGAAUUUUAAUGAAAGGAGCCAAUACUUUAUAUUUCAGAAAUUAUUUGGAUUUCUUUUGUGAAUUCAUUCCCCAAUUGUUAUUUAUGGUUUGUACAUUUGGUUGGAUGGAUUUCCUAAUCAUAAUGAAAUGGUUGAAUGUGUAUCCAAAUGGAAAAGAUCCAAGUAUCAUUGAAACAAUGAUUAACCAAGUACUAAAACCUACUGAUGAAGCUGAAUCUCCAGUAUUCCCAAAUAAUGCUUCUUUAUAAUUAUCUGUUACGCAGUUAUUGACAGUGAUUGCUGUAGUUAGUAUUCCAUGGAUGUUGUUUCCAAAGCCCUUAAUUUUGGGUUCAGGUCAGAAGAAACAUAAAGUAUAAGCAAACGAAUAGCAAUAUCAAAAACUGAUCUCUGAAAAGCAAGGAUCUGAACUUGAGAUUGAUCCUUAAUAAUUUAGAAAGGAUUUAUAGAAUGCUGCUUCUAGUAGGAGUGUAGAUCAUUCUGAGUAGGAUCAUGAUUCUGGGGAAAUUUGGGUACAUUAGAUGAUCGAAACAAUUGAGUUCGUGCUGGGAGGUAUCAGUAAUACAGCAUCAUAUCUUCGUUUGUGGGCCUUAUCUUUGGCUCAUGGAUAAUUGGCAGAAGUAUUCUACGAUAUGUGUCUUGCAGGGAAUUUGGAUAUGGGUGGAAUAAUGGGUGGAUUGAUGAGUGGGUACUUUUAUAUUGUGUUUGCAUUGUUGACCUUCGGAGUGCUGAUGAUGAUGGAUGUGAUGGAAUGUUUUUUACAUGCAUUACGAUUACAUUGGGUGGAAUUUUAGAGUAAAUUCUAUAAGGCUGAUGGAUAUCUAUUCGUGGGAUUUUCAUAUAACAAAAUGUUAUAAGAGCAUCUUAAAUGA